ACCGACAAUCAGAACUGAUAUUUUCAGUACACGUUUGAAAGCAAAAGAACUGAAACCAUGGAGGACUGCGAAAUAUUCGGAAUGAUAUUUGAAAUCAUUAGCGAUAUGCUGUUUGGCAGUGACAGCUCUUCCGAUGAUGAUUAUGACUCUUCCAGCACCUAGGAUGCAUUUUUCAAUAUUUAUUGAUAAUUAUUAACCAUGAAGUAAUAGCAGUUUUUAAACGAAAAUAUUAAAAUUGAAGAAAAACAGAUAAACUUCACAAAAAGCUACAAAAUUCAAUAACAAAAUUAUAAAAAUAUGAAGUUAUAUCAGGCAAUAUAGACUGAUGUGA